UUUGGGAGCGGUGCCUGCAAGUCAAAGAUGACAGCCCCGCACGCUCCGGAACCCUCACAGUCCCAGAAAUCCUGGAUAGAAGGUGUGUUUGACAAGAGAGAAUGUAACAAAAUCAUACCCAGCUCCAAAGACCCUCACAGAUGUACCACAGGAUGCCAGGUCUGCCAGAACUUAAUCAGGUGUUACUGUGGGCGACUGAUUGGAGACCAUCCUGGGAUAGAUUUUACCUGGACCACUUCAGCUGCCAGUGGCGAUGAAAAUGAACAGUGGUCUGUUGAAAAGCACACGACGAGAAGCCCUACAGAUACCUUUGGCACUAUUAAUUUCCAGGAAGGCGCGCACAUCCACCACGCCAAGUACAUUAGAACUUCUUACGAUACAAAGUUGGAUCAUCUGUUACAUUUGAUGCUGAAAGAGUGGAAGAUGGAAUUGCCGAAGCUGGUGAUCUCUGUCCACGGGGGCAUCCAGAACUUCACGAUGCCAUCUAAACUUAAAGAGAUCUUCAGCCAGGGUCUGGUCAAAGCUGCCGAGACAACGGGAGCGUGGAUAAUAACUGAAGGCAUUAAUACCGGAGUGUCCAAACAUGUUGGGGAUGCCUUGAAAGCCCAUUUCUCCCAGUGUUUGAGAAAAAUUUGGACAGUUGGAAUCCCUCCUUGGGGUGUCAUUGAGAACCAGAGAGAUCUUAUUGGAAAAGAUGUGGUGUGCCUGUACCAGACCCUGGGGAACCCCCUCAGCAAGCUCACCACACUCAACAGCAUGCAUUCCCACUUCAUCCUGUCUGAUGACGGGACCGUGGGCAAGUAUGGAAAUGAGAUGAAGCUCAGGAGGAACCUGGAAAAGUAUCUCUCUCUGCAGAAAAUACACAGCUGCUCAAGACAAGGCGUGCCCAUGGUGGGGCUGGUGGUGGAAGGAGGUCCCAAUGUCAUCCUCUCAGUGUGGGAGACCGUGAAGGACAAACACCCCGUGGUGGUGUGUGAAGGCACUGGCAGGGCGGCCGACCUCCUGGCCUUCACCCACAAACACCUAGCAGACGAAGGGACCCUGCGCCCUCAGGUGAAGGAGGAGAUCAGCUGCAUGAUUCAGAACACUUUCAACUUCAGCCUCAAACAGACCAGGCACCUGUUCCAGAUUCUCAUGGAGUGCAUGGCGCACAGGGAUUCUAUUAUCAUAUUUGAGGCUGAUUCUGAGGAGUUGCAAGACCUUGAUCUAGCAAUCCUAACAGCUCUGUUAAAAGGCACAAAUUUAUCAGCAUCUGAACAAUUAAACCUGGCAAUGGCUUGGGACAGGACAGACAUUGCCCAGAAACAUAUCCUAAUACAUGGACAACAUUGGAAGCCUGGCUCACUGGAACAAGCAAUGUUGGAUGCGUUAGUGAUGGAUCGGGUGGAUUUUGUGAAGCUCUUAAUAGAGUAUGGAGUGAAUCUCCAUCGCUUUCUUACCAUCCCUCGACUGGAAGAGCUCUAUAAUACAAAACAAGGACCUACUAAUAUGCUUUUGCAUCAUCUUGUCCGAGAUGUGAAACAGCACACCCUUCUUGCAGGCUACAGAAUAACACUGAUUGACAUUGGGCUGGUGAUAGAGUAUCUCAUUGGUGGAGCGUAUCGCAGCAGCUACACUAGGAAGAAUUUCAGAAUCCUCUACAAUCUCUACAGAAAACACAAGAGAGUGACCAGCUUUGCUCAGAGCCUUUCCCAGCCCCAUGCUCCCCGGAGAUGCGCCUCAGGAACUAGAAAGGAAUCUGCAGAAAGCACACUGCAUUCCCAGUUCAUUAGAACUGCCCAGCCUUACAAACUCAAGGAAAAGACUGUCGUCCUUCAUAAAUCAAGGAAGAAAUCAAAAGAACAAAAUAUACCCGACGACCCUGAGGCCACCGGCUUUAUUUACCCUUAUAAUGACCUGCUGGUGUGGGCCGUGCUCAUGAAAAGGCAGAAGAUGGCCAUGUUCUUCUGGCAGCACGGCGAGGAGGCCACGGUGAAGGCGGUGAUUGCCUGCAUACUCUACCGAGCCAUGGCCCGGGAGGCCCAGCAGAGCAGCAUGGUGGACGGCGCCUCGGAGGAGAUGAGAGAUUACUCCAAACAGUUUGGCCAGCUUGCCCUGGACGUGCUGGAAAAGGCAUUCAAGCAGAAUGAGAGAAUGGCCAUGAAGCUGCUGACCUAUGAACUCAAGAACUGGAGCAAUUCCACCUGUUUGAAACUGGCGGUGUCUGGAGGGUUGCGGCCCUUUGUUUCCCAUACUUGUACCCAGAUGCUACUGACGGACAUGUGGAUGGGGCGCCUGAAAAUGAAAAUCUCUUGGUUAAAGAUCAUCAUAAGCAUUCUUUUACCACCCACCAUUUUGACACUGGAAUUUAAAAGCAAAGCGGAGAUGUCCCACGUUCCCCAGUCCCAGGACUUCCAGUUCACGUGGUACAGUGGUGACCAGAACCUGAGCAGUGCCAAGGAAGGUGCUUGUACGAAAGACCAUGAUAUGGAGAGGGGACCUGAUGAGAAAAUAGAUGAAAAUCAGCACUUUGUUUUAAAGAGUGGUCCUCAAGUCCUUCCAUUGACCAGGAAAGUCUAUGAGUUCUACAGCGCUCCAAUUGUCAAGUUUUGGUUUUAUACGAUGGUGUAUGUGGCGUUCCUCAUGCUGUUCACUUACACUGUGCUGGUGCAGAUGCAGCCUCGGCCCAGCGUGCAGGAGUGGCUUGUCAUCAUUUACGUCCUCACCAGCGCCAUUGAGAAGGUCCGGGAGGUCUGUAGUUCAGAACCUGAAAAGUUUACCCAGAAGGUAAAGGUCUGGAUUAGCGAGUACUGGAACCUCAUGGAAACUGUGGCCACUGGCCUGUUCGUGGUUGGCUUCGGCCUGCGGUGGGGCGACCCCCCUUUGCGCACGGCGGGGAGACUCAUCUACUGCGUGGACAUCAUAUUCUGGUUCUCACGCCUCCUGGACUUCUUCGCCGUGAACCAGCACGCAGGCCCCUACGUGACCAUGAUUGCGAAAAUGACAGCGAACAUGUUCUACAUCGUGAUCAUAAUGGCCAUCGUCCUGCUGAGCUUCGGAGUGGCGCGCAAGGCCAUCCUUUCGCCAAAGGAGCCUCCGUCUUGGAGCCUCGCCCGAGACAUCGUGUUUGAGCCGUACUGGAUGAUGUAUGGAGAAGUCUACGCGUCCGAAAUAGACGUUUGUUCAAGCAAGUCAUCCUGCCCACCUGGUUCUUUUCUUACUCCAUUUCUCCAAGCAGUCUACCUCUUCGUGCAAUAUAUCAUCAUGGUGAACCUGUUAAUUGCUUUCUUCAACAACGUUUACGUAGAUAUGAAAUCCAUUUCAAAUAAACUGUGGAAAUACAAUCGCUAUCGCUACAUCAUGACCUACCACGAGAAGCCGUGGCUGCCCCCACCUUUCAUUCUGCUGAGUCACGUCGGCCUCUUCCUUCGCCGUCUUUGCCACCAUCAAGCUCCAAGUGACCAAGAAGAGGGUGAUGUUGGAUUAAAGCUCUACCUGAGUAAGGAGGAUCUGAAAAAACUCCACGAUUUUGAAGAGCAGUGUGUGGAAAAAUACUUCCAUGAGAAGAUGGAAGGUCUGAACUGCAGUUGUGAGGAACGAAUCCGAGUGACAGCAGAAAGGGUCACGGAGAUGUUCUUCCAACUGAAAGAAAUGAAUGAAAAGGUAUCUUUUAUAAAGGACUCCUUACUGUCUUUGGACAGCCAGGUGGGACACCUGCAGGACCUCUCUGCCCUGACAGUGGACACCCUAAAUGUCCUUUCUGCUGUUGACACCUUACAAGAGGAUGAGGCGCUCCUGGCCAACAGAAAGCUUCCGACUUGCAGAAAACCCCCCCACAGCUGGAGCAAUGUCAUCUGUGCAGAGGUUCUAAGCAGCAUGGAGAUGGCUGGGGAGAAGAAAUACCAGUAUUAUAGCAUGCCUCCUUCUUUGCUGCGGAGCCUGGCCGGAGGCCGGAAUCCCCUAAGAGUGCAGAGGGGACCUCUUGUUGAGAUUUCAGACAGUCAGAGAGAGACUUCAAAUGUGAGAAAUGACCAGGAAGAGCAAGAAACAGAAAAUAGUAUAUUUGCUUCUUGCCUUGACAAGCAGGCACACCCAAAGUAUGGCCAAUUUCUUCUGGUCCCUUCUUAUCUAAAGCAAGUUCCUUUUUCUGCAGAAACUGACUUGCCUCUGUCCAGACCAUCUGCGGAAGUGGCCGCAGGUGUGCUGGCACCUGAACAGGUCACCCAGAAUGAAGUCCCUGUGCAUCUGACGUGGCAGACCCCAGUUGUCUCAGCGCAGGCCUCAGUGGCUGAACACAAGGAGCAAUAUGAGCCAAUCGCUCAGAUACCAGCCAGACAAGAUAGGGGAGAGCAAGUUCUAACCACUUUGAUUUGCACACCUGCAUCCCUGAAAGUGACCUCCCCCCCUUCCCAAGCCGAGAGCAUGCACACUGGGGGUGGAUAUGUGAACUGGGCAUUUUCAGAAGGUGAUGAAACUGGUGUGUUUAGCAUCGGGAAAAAAUGGCAAACCUGCUUGGCCUCCACUAGUAAUCAUAACUCCAGCGAGAGUGGACAAUGCCAGAGGCAGAUCUGGGGCAGAUCCCUCUCUGAUAACUCAACAGGACUGGCCUGGAAUAGUGAUUGCUCAGAGGAGGGACCAAGACUUCAGCCCUACACAUCCUUUUGGAUCAGUCCUCUCCGCAGAGACAGGCCCCUCUUUCGGAGUCAGAGUUUGAGAUUCCACAAGGAGAAGAUGAAGACCUGUAAGAUUAAAAAUCGCUCAAAGUCUUCAGAGAUGGGGCAGUUGGCGUGGAUCAAAGCAAAAGCGCUAACCAAGGACAGGAGAUCGUUGAAGAAAAAGAAGGAAACACAGGGACUCCAGGUGCCAGUCAUUACAGUCAAUGCCUGCUUUCACGGUGACCAAUCGAAUUCCGAGCCAGGAGAAAAUAACAUCCCAGGAGAAGAGUGCAGCAAGAACUGGCUGACAGUGUCCCAAUUUCGUCAGUUAAAUCUAGAACCUAAUAUACAGCAGAAAAAGAAAACUAAAGAAAUCAAAGGACACCCUGUACAAGUCAGUGAUUAUCUAAAGCAGUCUCAAGAGGAUCUGAGUAAAAGCUCUUUGUGGAAUUCCUGGAGCACCAACUUCAGUAGAAACUCCCUGUUGAGAAGUUCAACUGGAGUCAGCAAAAUCUCAGCCUCCUUAAAAAGCCCUCAAGAGCCUCACCAUCAUUAUUCAGCCAUUGAAAGGAAUAAUUUAAUGAGGCUUUCUCAGACUAUACCAUUUACACCCAUCCAACUGUUUGACGGAGAAGAAGUGACUGUCUACAGGCUGGAGGAGAGUUCCCCUUUGAAUCUUGAUAGGAGCAUGUCUUCUUGGUCCAAGCGCGGGAGAACUGCAAUUAUCCAGGUGCUGUCCCGAGAGGAGAUGGACGGCGGCCUCCGCAAGGCCAUGCGAGUCAUCAGCACCUGGUCUGAGGAUGACAUUCUCAAGCCGGGGCAGGUUUUCAUUGUGAAGUCGUUUCUCCCUGAGGUUGUGCAGACGUGGCACAAAAUCUUCCAGGAGAGUACUGUGCUUCACCUUUGCCUCAGGGAAAUUCAACAACAAAGAGCUGCUCAAAAACUAAUCUAUACCUUCAACCAAGUGAAACCACAAACCAUUCCCUAUGCACCAAGGUUCCUAGAAGUUUUCUUAAUCUACUAUCAUUCCGCCAACCAAUGGUUCACCAUUGAGAAGUAUAUGAUGGGGGAGUUCCAGAAGUACAACAACAACAACGGUGAUGAAAUUGCCCCCAGCAACACCUUGGAGGAGCUGAUGCUGGCUUUUUCUCACUGGACCUAUGAGUACACUCGGGGAGAACUGCUGGUUUUAGAUCUGCAAGGUGUUGGAGAAAAUUUGACAGAUCCAUCUGUUAUAAAACCUGAAGACAAACAAUCAAGAGGAAUGGUGUUUGGACCAGCCAAUUUAGGGGAAGAUGCAAUUAGAAACUUCAUUGCAAAACAUUGUUGCAACGCCUGCUGCCGGAAGCUCAAACUCCCGGAUUUAAAAAGGAAUGACUAUUCCCCUGGUAGGAUAAAUCCCACCUUCAGACUUGAAAACAAAGCAGAACCAGGUGAGGGGCCUUCAGCGAGGGAGAGAGGUGGCAAUCCUUCGGAAGACCUCACUCGACUGUAAAAAGGGGAGAAGUAAGAAGAUGACAGCCCUUGGCCUCCCUUCCCUGAAGUAACUCUACGGUAACAGAGGUUGAUUGACGUCACGCUGAUGACGUCAGAGCUCUGUCAGGAUGGCCUUCCACGGGCCUCCUUGGGACAUGCCUCCUGAGCCUCGCGUCUCCUCUUGCCCAAAGACCUCAUUCGUAUGGAAGGAUGGGUUCUCCUAGGUGUUGGCUGUGCCCACGGUGCUUUGUGUGUGCUCAUCACCUCAAGUUCUGCAGGAGGACAGUGGGGGGUCAGCUGGGAAUACUGCGCCUUCAUACCUCACUGCUUCAGCUGGCCCCCCCAGAUGCCUCGGAGCAGAGUGCUGGCACUGAAGAAUCGGGGAGAUGAACUUAAUUUAUUUGUUCACUGUGUGCACACUCUAACCCGACUGCUGUUCAUCACCUCACCCACAUAUUGUGCUUAUGUAUAUAGAUGUACAUAAAAAGUGAUUUGCCUCCCUCCU